AUGUCUCAGUCUAAGGCACCUAACGAUCUUGCUAGCUUCUUUGGCCUGAAGGGACGCAACUAUGUCAUCACAGGCGGAGCCCAGGGCAUAGGACUUGCGAUUAGCAAAGCUAUAGCGCAGGCAGGAGGACACAUUGUCGCCAUGGAUAUACAGGAUAAGCCGAAACCUGAGUUUCUGGAAUUUUCAGGGAAGUUUGGGGUGAAGGCCAAAUACAUCCAGACGGACGUGACCAACGAGGCAAGCCUCAGGGCGGCCUUCGAGCGAGCUGUUGAUGCGGUUGGAGCCAUCCACGGAUGUGUGACAUGUGCGGGGAUAGCAAUGGAGAAGCCAUUCGAGGAGCAUACAUGGGAAGAGGUGCGCAGGAUCAUGGAUAUCAAUGUCCUCGGAACCUACUUCACAUCACAACUCGCAGUGGAGCAGAUGAAGAAACAAGGUCAGGGUGGCAGUCUUGUCUUGAUCGCCUCCAUCACGGCCCACACCGUUCUGCCUCAUCAUCGCAUGUCGGCAUACAGCGCAUCUAAAGGUGCUGUCAAGAUGCUGUCGGAAAGCCUGGCCGUUGAGCUCGCAGAGUACAACAUUCGCGCCAAUACGCUGUCGCCCGGGUUCAUAGACACGGAGAUGACGCAAAAGGCUCGGGAUGCGAGCCCCGUCAUUAAAGAGACCAUGUUCUCGGCGCCUCCACUGCGCCGCAUUGGUACGCCAGAUGACCUUGUCGGAGCUGCGCUGUAUCUACUCAGCGACCUAUCGACGUAUACUACUGGCACUGACAUCGCUAUCACUGGGGGCCUCCACAUUGGAAGGAUCGACACAUAG